AUGGCCGAAUCACCAGAGGAAGGAGCCAAUGCGGUGUCUGAACCGCUCGACCUUGUCCGCCUCUCCCUCGAUGAGAUUGUGUUUGUUCGACUACGUGGAGAUCGAGAGCUGAAAGGAAGACUACAUGCCUACGACAGUCAUUGCAAUCUUGUUCUCGGAGACGUUGAAGAGACAAUCUACACGAUUGAGGAGGAGGAGGACGGCGAAGACACCGUCAAGACAACGAAGAAACAGUCCGAUAUGCUAUUUGUCCGAGGAGACUCGGUCGUACUAAUCUCUCCCCAACCUGGGUCUUGA